AAAAAAUGUAAACAACAAUAGUUAAACUUCAAUAUUUGAUACUUUGCGACUCUUCCUGGCGAAAAUUCCAUUACUCUAAGAAAGAUGAAUGAAUACAGGAACAUUCUGACGGGGGAGGCGGCCAUUGCCUGGAGGAAUUUGAUCUCCAGAUUGAGAUUUCAUUGGACGACAGAUAACAAAAUUUUCGAGCACCUGUUGGAAGUUCACGAAUGGUUCUGCGGGGAUAAGUGUCCGCUUCUGAGGUCUGAUGCUACUGAAGAAGCUGAUCAAGAUUUUCCCAUGUCAACAGAAGAUGAGAGGACAGCAAUGUCAUUAGAUUUAGAAGUGGAGGACGGGGCUGAGUCUAUUGAUGAUGACAGCAGUGGAGAGAGUAACUCGGACACAGAGAGCGGAGAAGAGGAUGUUUACAUAAAGGAAGAGGAAGAAGAAGUUAUCAGUGCGAUUCCAUGUAAAAUAGUGUCCACUGAACUGGGAACGGAGACCCAACUCCCGAAGUCAGGGGGAGAUUACUCCGAGUCAAGGAGAGAUAACUCUAUUUCAAAGGGAGGUAACUUUGUACCUUUACCAGAAACCCUGGACUCUGUUUCAGAGGGCAGUGAAUAUAUAUCUUCAUUUGAAAACAACUCGACAAAUAGAUCAACUAAACAACGAAAUACUCGGACCAGUUGCCUCAAUGAUUAUAGGAAAACAUCAAAUACAAAAACGAGUAAUGAGAAUGGGAAAAUCACACAAGGAGAUAGUAAAACGUCUUCAAAUGUGAGUGAAUCUCAAAAGGAAAAAGGUGAUGAACAUGAGGCAGUGCUAGAAAAGAAACUUCUAUUUAAACUUCCACAAAGGGAAAAGGAAACAUUUUUAAACGUUUAUGAGUUACACAGAAAUGAUAGGACUGAAGCACCUCGACAAAUGGAAAAGAAAUUGCUAUCUACAGUUAAUUCUACAGUUAAAAACUCCAAACAAUCCUUAUCAAAUAGACAGACCUCAGAAUCAUCCUCACCAGGUAAUCUGAUAUCUUCAAAAUCAUCCUCACCAUAUAAUCUUACAUCUUCAACAUCAUCUUUAUCAGAUAAUAGGAUAUCAGCAGCAUCCACACAGAGUUCCAAACGUUCUGAAAAACAAGACUCGUCAAAAUCAGAGUUAACAAAAUCAAAGUUCCCCAAACCAUCUUCUCCAAAGAAACCAAAGUCUUCAAAAUCCUUUUUACGUAAAAAGAGAUCAAAGAUUUUGAAUACAGAAGGAGUUAGAGCCCUCAAGAGUCACCUUUCAAGUAAAGCCUUAUCACAUAAAAAUAAUUCAAUUGAUACCACCGGAACAUAUGGAUCACAUGACUCAAAUGUCAUUUCUGUAGAAGAAGAAGUACCCCAAAUACAUACAAUAAAUCGAACAUCUGAAGCAGCAGAGUCAAGUACAAGUACAAGAGGUAAAGGUAAUGCUGAAUCAGUGGAGCAGACAACAGGGAACGGAAUAGAGGUGAAUCCAGAUGUAAGUAAAGAUAAGCCACCAAUUAGUCUUAUGUUAGACAUAAACCCACAUACAGGAAUACCGUGUUUAGUUAGAUACCCCACAACAGCACCAGACCUUGGUAAUGUAAAUCAGGGGUCGUCUGACAUGAAAUCAAAACAAAUGGAGACGAGAGUGUCAUCAGGAUCAGAUUCAGGGAAUCCAAGUGUCCAGGGCAUGUCUUCAUUGAUAAAUCUUAGACUGACUAUAGAUCCAGUUAGUGGUAAACCCAUGUUAGUGAAAUGUCCAGAUGAACCACCAACAAGUGAUUGUUGUGAUACAAGAGAACAGUCAAUAGUGAAAUGUACAGAUGAGCCAUCUACCAGUGAUUGUUGUGAUACUAGAAAACAGACAAGUAAAACGUCUGAUCAUGAAGAGUCCGGACAGAUGCCAAAUUUCAGUUUGUUGACGCCUGUUGAGGUCCUAAAUCCCAAACAGCAGCAGCUUAAGUUAAUAAGUGAGCUAUCAGAUUUAAGUAAACAGAUACCAAGUUUCCAAAAUGUAAAGCCCAAACCUAUUGAUUUAAAGCCAAAGAGAGAAUUAAAACGAAAAAGAUUAAGGAGGAAAUUACAAGAUAGAAAAAUAAAGAUGUCAGUUGUGCAGAAAGCUAAGUAUGUGACAGUUCAUCCUAAGAAACCAAAUAUUCUAAGGUCCAAUGUUCAGAAACCUAGGCAAUUACCUAUUGUCAAAACUUCACCAGUAAAACAAAAUGAUUUAAUAGGGGAACCACAGGUUUUAAGAAAUCUUCUUGAGGAACCUAAGCAAUUACCAGUUGUCAAAACAUCUAAGCCAGCUGUAAAACAAAUUGAUUUAAAAGGAGAACAUGACGGACCACAGGUAUUAAGGAAUCUUUUAGAAGAACCUAUGCAAUUGCCCGUUGUCGAAACAUCUAACCAAGCAGUAAAACAAAACGAUAUGAAGGAGGAACCAGAUGAACCACAGGAUCUUCUAGAGGAACCUAUAGAAACACUAAAUCUAACAUUAGUUAUAAACCCAACCAAUGGUAUGCCAAUGUUAGUACCGUCACCGGACAUAAUGACGGCUAAUCCUGAUGACACUCACCUGAAGCUGACUCUAGACCCGGUAUCUGGAGAGACAGUCCUAGUUCCUGAUACCAAAGACGAUCCAGAGGAAGGGGUCUCUUAGGGUUAAUUAUGUCCAACAAUAUUGUUACCACUGUGUGGUAGAAAUAAAAAUAUGUAUUGAUAUGAAUCAUGAUACUCAGUCAUGUUUUACU